AAGGCUAGUGAAAAAGCCCACCACACAAAACACACAUCUUCUUCCUCUCUCUCUCUUUAUCUCUUCUCUGUUUCUGAGAAGAUAGAAGAACAAACAAACGUAAGAAUCUCCUCUAUCUAUCCUCGAAACCUGAUCAACCAUGUCGAACGUUUUGCUAUCCCCAAACGGCUACGUCGUUGCAUCGCCCAAACCUCUUGUCAGAUUCCUCAAUCCAAAGUCCGGUGGACGGAAACUUUUCGUUUCCGUCGUCAGAGCUUCUUCUUCUGAUGAUGCUGAUUGUAAUGCCGAAGAAUGUGCUCCCGAAAAAGAGGUUGGAACUGUGAGUAUGGAAUGGUUAGCUGGGGAGAAGACUAAAGUGGUGGGAACAUUCCCACCUCGGAAGCCGCGUGGUUGGACUGGCUAUGUUGAGAAAGAUACUGCUGGUCAGACUAAUGUUUACUCUAUCGAGCCUGCAGUAUAUGUUGCAGAGAGCGCGAUAAGCUCAGGUACUGCAGGAUCUUCAUCUGAUGGGGCUGAGAACACAGCAGCAAUCGUAGCAGGCAUUGCCCUUAUUGCAAUCGCUUCAGCUUCCUCUAUACUCCUCCAAGUCGGGAAAGAUGCCCCGUCUCGACCAAAAACAGUGGAUUACAGUGGUCCCUCUCUUAGCUACUACAUCAACAAGUUCAAGACUUCAGAAAUUCUUGCCCCCUCUGUCACAGACGCUCCGCCAGUGGCCGAGCAAGAACCCUCACUACCAGAAACUCCACCAGUGACUCAGGAAGAACCCUCACUGCCGGAAACUAUGGCCAGUGAGGCUCAGCCGGAGGAGUCUUCUGUACCAACAAGUAGUGCCUCUUAGGGGGCUAGCCUAGGAUUUAUAUAUGUUGUGUAAAGAUGAGAUGAAGCAUAGACCAAUAUCAUGCAUUCUGUUAAUAUUCGGAUAUAUAUGUAUACACUCUUCUCUAUGAGUUGGUGAUUUAAUCAAAUUUAAAAAUCCUAAUCU